CCCCGCCCCGCGCACGCCCCGCUGCAGGAGCGCCUCUUUUAGCUCCUGUUUGGAGAAUUCCGCAGUCACGGGCGCGGACAUGUUUCCCUGAUCUGUCUUUGUUUUAGUAGUUUGUUUUGUAGGGUUUUCCUACUUUACCUGUUUUAAUUGAUUUUAAUCGCUAUUCGCGUGAGUUUUGCGCGCAGACAUGAAGGAGGAGAUCGCCGCCGCUGUGUUCUUCCUCGCGAGGCUCGUGAAAAGAUACGGAGCUUUGGACAAUGAUGACAGGGACCGGUUCGCAGUGGCGCUCACAUCCGUGCUGUUUGAGAACUAUAAAAACCACUGGCACCCAAACGCACCCUCUAAAGGACAGGCCUACAGGUGUUUGCGCAUGAACCGCACCCGCCUCAGGGACCCCAUCCUGCAGCAGGCCUGUGAGCGCAGCCUGGUGCAGUACCAGGACCUGGGGCUGCCUCUGGAGCUCACUGUGUGGGUGGACCCUGGAGAGGUGUCCUGCAGGUACGGUGAGCACAGCACCCCCUUCUGCGUGUCAGUGGUGAAUGGCAGUCGCCACGGAGAUGGGGCGUUCUCGCGGCGUAUCAAUGACGCCGUGGAGCGGGCGAGUCUCGAGAUCCAAUCAGGAAGUUCUUCAGAUGAGGAAGAAGGGGUUGAGCUAAGUCUGAGCAUAAGCAGUAACAGCAGCAACCAAUCUAGCGUUUGCCCCACCCCCACACCAUCCAACAACCCCGAGCCCAAGACCAUUCCCACAGUCAGCAACCCCAACAGCGUGUACAGGUUCAGCAAGUUUGCUCCUGGAGCCCCACAGACCUGGCUCACUUACCCAAAGAGGAAGCCCUUUUGUGGGGAAGCCUUUCCACCUUUGCCCCCUCCGUCUGGUCCGGCUCCACAGUUCUCAAACCAGAAAAGCUUCAAGUCGUACAGAGCCACGUUCACCUUCAGUGGGCCCAGGGUGGAUAAGUACCACUGGGUCAGCAAAUCCCGGUCCUAACGCUCAGCUCGUGCACUUUGGAAAAUUAUGUUUUUCUUGUCGUGACAGUUUGUUGUUGUUUUUUUGUCUUUAAAAAGUAAUACUUAAUUAUUGAAUGGUUUAAUUUAGUGCUGUUUAAGCAUAUUUUUAACUGUAAAACGUAACGUUUUAAAAUCUCUUGAUGUAAAUGUUUUAAACUAAAAUUGAAGGAAAUGUGAAUAAAGUAAAGUGGAGCUGUCAAUGAAAAGAAAUAAAAGCGUCCUUUCAGUUCAGA